CUCCUCCUGUCGCCGCACAUGUGCGUUUCCGUCCCAUAGACCUCAUGUGCGCGCUGCUCUGAUGACGUCACGGCCCUGCGACGGCCAAGAUGGCGGCGCUGUGUGAGGAGCUCACGUUGUGCGGGCUGCAGGGAUCCGGUGUCGGUGGAGUGCAGGGAUUGGAGGCGGGCGGGGACGGUGACAGGGUGCUGCUGACGGAGGUGCAGAGGACGGUGACGUUGUACAAGGUGUCGGAUCAGAGGCCGCUGGGAAGUUGGGCAGUAAAGCAAGGACAGCGGGUGACGUGCCCGGCGGUGUACAAUGCCGGCACCGGGGAGUGCGUGGUGGUCCACGAUGACAAGGUACUCCGGAUUUGGAAGGAGGACGACGUCAGCUUGGAAAAGGUCUUCAAAGCAACGCUUUCGGCAGAGGUGUGUCGGAUCCACAGCCUUCCAGACGCUGAGCCCCUCGUGCUGUUUCGUCGCGGAGCCGUCCGCCACUUGGACACGCUGCUCGCUGAUCCUCACCAAGAAGUUGAAAAUGUUUUAUCACAAGAGGAGAUCAUUAAGUGGUCGAAGAUGUUUGUGGAAGAUGGACAACCCAUAUUACUGUUCAUUACAGAAAAGGUUUCAGAUUUUUAUGUAAACAUUUGGAAGCCGAGUCCCGGUGCAACUCUGAGAUAUAAGCUGAUGGUGUUCACAGAGGAAUCCCGAAUCCUCAACUUUACUGCAAGUCUGAAGAAAAAUGCCGUGUCUCUGUUAAUUCUGUGCUCUACAGGACACGUGUGCCAGUCUCUGGUUCCAUUGGUUCAGCCCAAUGAUGGGGCAGAGGCUGUGUUGUCAAUGUCGUCUCUUCUCCACCUAUCAGAACCUGUGGAUUGCGGAGCUCUGACGCUUCUUGAUGACACCCACCUGGCAACUCUGACACCCUCUGCAACAAAACAGAAAGAUCACCUCUGUAUAUGGAACACGUCUUUCCAGACCAUGCAGGACUGUAAGGAGUUCUCACAGAAGACAACCUAUCAGCUCUGGAAUCACCACAGUACUCUGUACGUACCAUGCAGGAAAACGCUGCAGGUUCUACGCUACACUUGUGAGCCGUCCUCCCUGGCCUCCGCUCUGGGGAAAGCCAGUGACCCCCAUAAAUCAGCUCUGGAAACCGUUCCCAUAGUAAGUUGGGACGCAUUGACUACGAGCAAGACUCUGCAAGCCAAACACUCCAAGAAAGCUUCUCGGGUGAAGCGGAGUCAGGAGAUCGGUGAUGGAGGAUGUCAGUUACAGAUCCCUCUCUCGGACAUCCAGAGCGCCUCUGAGAGUCAGAUCUCCUCUCUUGUGCGGAAAGCCAUAUCCAGUCAGGAUCUUCCUGAUUUCCAGAUCGCUGCUGGGAAGAUGGUGCGAGGCCUGGUGGAUCGCUGCCGGAGUGACCCCAAGUUUUACCCACAAAAUGCUCUGAUUGAGCUCCUGGAAACAACCAAGUUAUCAUACAGUUUAUGUCCAGAUUUGAUGGCUGUCGGUCUGGAGAAGUCGGAUGUUCGGCUCCUUCAGCGUUGUCUCUGCCGGUUUAUUGAUGUCCCAGAGAUGGUUAUGUGCUCCUGUCUGAAGAUAUUCCUCAGUGUUGGUGAAGAUGCCCUGCGUUGCGCCAAGUUGGACACGACCUCCACAGAGUCUUAUAUUGGAGCCGAUGAAGCGGAAAAGCCGAAGGAUCCGUCGGCAGGGAGCAUCGUCCAGAACGGGUUCAGCCCCGGCGGUGCGGAGGAAGACCACGGCGAUGUCCAAACGUUCGAUAAAGUGCCGCAGAAUCCAGAGACCAAUGCCUGUCCUGUCAGCCGCCAACGAGCCGUCAUAUUGAACACAAUCCUGUCUACAGCGUAUAGCGAGACCUACCUCCUGCCGCAUCUGAAGGACCUGACGUCUGACCAAGUCCUACUGUUCCUGAGCUAUCUGCAUUUCCUGUACAAGACGUGCGUCCAGCAGAUCACACUGAGCCUUCCUGGACAGGAGGAUCUCUCCAUCACCCAGGUAAUAGACUGGAUGAAUCUUCUUCUUGAUGCCAACUUCACCGUCCUGGUGUUGCUGCCCAAAGCCAAACCACUGCUUCGGAAGCUCCAGAAAUGCGUUCGUCAACAGAUGAAGUUGUACUCGGAGCUGAACAAGAUCGAAGGAAGUUUAUCAGACCUGCAGAGCUUACAGAGGCCUUGUGAGAGCCUCGGGAGAUAUUCUAUUGAAAUUCUGGAACUUUAUUGAUAUGGCGGACAUUGGUGCAGUUUGUGCACACACGGGGGAUGUCCUGAUUGGAUGCCUUCCCUCUGUGACAUGUGAACAGGAGAAGACUUUGUCAGAAGAUCUUUGUAUUUGUUGAACAAAAAAAAUGUUUAUUUCUUAACUCA